CAUCAUCGGCUUCAAUCCUUCUCUCCUCUUCGCUCUUACUUUCCGAUCUUCCUCUCUAUUUCCUCUGCUCAUUAAGUUUGCAAAUAGGAAGCAAGCUUGCCGGAACAGGCCUAGUAGUCAUUGGCUUCACCAUCUAAGUUGGAAUCAAGAUGUCUUCGCCAAGUAAGAGGAGAGAUAUGGAUGUAAUGAAGUUGAUAAUGAGUGAUUACUCAGUAGAGACCAUCAACGAUGGUCUUGCUGAAUUUAAUGUGGAAUUUCAUGGCCCCAAAGAAAGUCCUUAUGAAGGUGGCGUGUGGAAAGUCCGUGUUGAGCUACCAGAUGCUUAUCCAUACAAGUCUCCUUCAAUUGGCUUCCUGAACAAAAUAUUCCAUCCCAACGUUGAUGAAUUCAGGUCUGGCUCGAUAUGUUUGGACGUAAUCAACCAGUCUUGGAGUCCAAUGUUCGAUUUGCUGAAUAUCUUUGAAGUCUUUCUUCCCCAGCUGUUGCUGUAUCCAAACCCUUUAGAUCCAUUAAAUGGCGAUGCCGCUUCCCUGUUGCUGAAGGACAAAAUUCAAUAUGAAAAGAAAGUAAAAGAGUACUGUGAGCGGUAUGCAAAGAGCAAAAUGGAAAAUAUUUCAGAUGGAAGCGACGAAGACAUCAGCGAGGAUGAGUGCAACACAGGAUCAGACACCGAUGGCAUUGCCGGAGAUGCAGAUCCCUGAAGCAAAACUCUUUGGACUUGAAAUGGAUCAGCUAGUGAUGAU